GCUAUAUAAGUUCUCCUCUACAGACUUCAGUGGCAUCGUCUUCUUCGAGCUGUUAAGCAGAAGCUAAGGUCAAAGGAAAAUGGCGAUAACGCUCAACAGUGGAUUCAAGAUGCCGAUUAUCGGUCUCGGCGUGUGGCGUAUGGAAGGGAAAGACGUGAGAGACCUCAUCAUCAACUCCAUCAAGAUCGGUUAUCGCCAUUUCGACUGCGCUGCCGUCUACAGGAAUGAAGCUGAAGUUGGGGAGGCACUAACAGAUGCAUUCCGGACUGGGCUUGUGAAGAGAGAGGAUCUCUUCAUUACCACUAAGGCUAGUUUUGCUUCAAAUUUAGCUGCUUCUCUCUGGAAUUCUGAUCAUGGACAUGUUCUUGAGGCAUGUAAAGACAGCCUUAAGAAGCUUCAGCUGGAAUAUCUGGAUCUGUAUCUCGUUCACUUUCCUGUAGCCACAAAGCACACUGGAGUUGGUAUAACUGACACUGCUUUGGAUGAGGAUGGAGUACUGGACAUUGACACCAGUAUUCCAUUGGAGACUACAUGGCAUUCUAUGGAAGAUCUGGUUUCCAAGGGUUUAGUUCGCAGCAUUGGCAUCAGCAACUAUGACAUCUUUCUAACCAGAGAUUGUUUAGCUUACUCCAAAGUGAAGCCUGCAGUAAAUCAGAUCGAAACCCAUCCCUAUUUCCAACGCGAGUCUCUUGUCAAAUUCUGCCAGAAGCAUGGGAUCUGUGUUACAGCACAUACUCCUUUAGGCGGUUCCACAGCCAACACUGAAUGGUUUGGUUCAGUGUCAUGCUUGGAUGAUCCAAUCCUCCAAGGACUUGCCAAUAAAUAUAAAAAAAGUGUGGCUCAGAUUGUUCUUCGUUGGGGUAUCCAGCGCAACACUGUUAUAAUCCCAAAGACAUCAAAAAAUAAGAGGUUGCAAGAGAAUUUCCAGGUUUUCGACUUUGAACUGACUAAGGAAGACAUGGAGGUUAUUAAAGGUAUUGACAGGAAGUAUCGAACCAACAUCCCUACCAAGCUUUGGGGCAUAGACGUGUAUGCUUAGGUAAGAGUUACCGGUAUCAUUCUGUCUGUAAUAAGAGAAGUGGAGCUAUGGAGAUCUGUCGAGUUUGUUUGAGGGAUGGCGUAUCUGCAUGGGGAGACAUUACCUUAUUUGAGGAAUAAAGAGUUUAGACAUGAACUUUGAUUUGCAAUGGUAUUAUCUUAAUAAAACUUUUUCACAUCU